CGGUCCCGCCCCUCCCCUCGGAGCUUUGGCCCACGGGCUCGGGCGCGGCGUUUCCUCCGCGGUCCCGGCUCUCGGCUGAGCCGCAGCAGCCCGCAGCUCUUCCUGCCCAACCAGGCCGGCUCCUCUGCGCCGCCCGUGGGCGCGGCCCCCGAGAAAGGCCACCGCUGCUGAGGGCACUUUCUCCGCUGCAAGAAUGUAAGAUGGACCCGGAAGAACAGGAACUGUUAAAUGACUACAGAUACAAAAGUUACUCUUCGGUGAUCGAAAAGGCUCUGAGAAAUUUCGAGUCCUCCAGCGAGUGGGCGGACCUGAUCUCCUCCCUGGGCAAGCUCAACAAGGCCCUUCAGAGUAACCUGAAGUACUCCUUGUUGCCACGGCGACGCGUCAUCAGCAAGAGACUGGCGCAGUGCCUGCACCCCGCUCUGCCCAGCGGCGUGCACCUGAAAGCCCUGGAGACCUACGAGGUCAUCUUUAAAAUUGUGGGGACCAGAUGGCUGGCCAAGGACUUGUUCCUGUACAGCUGCGGGCUCUUCCCCCUCCUGGCGCACGCGGCCAUGUCGGUGAGGCCCGUGCUGCUGGGCCUGUACGAGAGGUACUUCCUGCCGCUGCAGAAGCUGCUGCUGCCCAGCCUCCAGGCCUUCAUCCUCGGGCUGCUGCCCGGCCUGGAGGAGGGCUCGGAGAUCUAUGACAGGACGGACGCUCUGCUCCUGAGACUGUCCCUGGUGGUCGGCAGAGAAGCGUUCUACGGCGCUCUCUGGGGCGGCGUGCUGGCCAGCCCGUCCGUCCGCCUGCCCGCCUCGCUCUUCGUGGUGAGCCACAUCAACAGGGACGCGCCCGGCAAGGAGCAGCGGCACGUGCUGGGGACAGAUCACCAGCUCACGGUAAAGGCUCUGUGUGCGUCGCUGCUGGACUCAAAUGUGCUGGUGCAAAGAAACAACCUGGAGAUCGUGCUCUUCUUCUUCCCGUUGUACACCUGUCUGGACCCGGAGGAGAGAGCCAUCCCCUUGCUCAGGCCGGACCUCGUGCGGAUUCUCUCGGCCGCCACGCAGACGCUGCUGAGGAGAGACAUGUCUCUGAACAGAAGGCUCUACGCGUGGUUACUAGGCUCCGACAUCAAAGGGAACGCCGUGGUGCCGGAGUCCGAGCUGUCCGAGUCCUACGAAGACCAGUCCGCGUACUUCUUUGAGAAGUACUCUAAGGAUCUUCUGGUUGAGGGCCUGGCGGAGCUGCUGCACCAGGAGCUCUGCGACUCGGACGCCGAGGAGCGCCACGCCGCAUACCUGCGGCCCUUCCGCAUCCUGGUCAGCCUGCUGGACAAGCCGGAGAUAGGCCCGCAGGUGGUGGAGAGCCUGUUCCUGGAGGUCGUCCGGGCCUUCUACGCCGACUGCAGAGACGCGCUGGGCGCCGGCCUGCAGCUCAGCUACACGCAGAGCGGGAACGCGCUGACCAGCGCCAUCAAAGAAAACAGAAGCGCCUCCGAGGUUGUGAAAACCGUGAACCUGCUGGUCACGUCCCUCAGCUCGGACUUCCUCUGGGACUACAUGACCAGGUGUUUCGAGGAUUGCUUCAGGGACUUACGCGGAGUGGCAAAGCAGAGCCCCGCCGCCAGGAGGAGCGUCGGCCCGCCCCCCACGGUCCCGGAGCUCUGCACCCUCCUCGUGUUCCUGCUGGACGUCCUCCCCUUGGAGCUCUACUCCGAGGUGCAGACCCGGUACCUGCCGCAGGUGCUCGCCUGCCUGGUGCAGCCUCUGGCCGAGCACUCGGAGGCCUUGAGCUUGGAGGAGCUCACGCAGGCCCUGAAGACGUGCUUCAAGGUGCUCAGCAAGGUGCAGAUGCCGCCUUCCUUCCUGGACUCGGAGUCUGCCAGCGGGAACGGGAGUCCAGUGAAAGGGGACAGCAGUGAAAUGGUUUUAGACACAGAGGCGGUGACCCCAGGUGACGAGGACCCUCCGCUGCCCGCGCUGAAGUCCGAGGACAGCGGGAUUGGGCUCAGCGCGUCGUCGCCAGAGCUGGCCGAGCACCUGCGGGUCCCCGGCGUGUCUCCCGAGAAAGACGACGUUUGGAAGAUGGGCGGGAGCAUGCAGAGGACGUUUCUCGCCAUCCAGGACCUGAUCGCCAACUUCGCCCACAAGAACAUCUUCGGGGCGCAGCCAACGGCGUCCAGGGAGGCAAGCAGGGCCGGGGAGCCGGCGGGCCAGCGGGACGAGGGCGGGCCGAGCGGCCCGGAGCCCGGCCACCACGGCAGGAAGAGCUCGUGGGAUGCCAAGCCCAUCCACAUGCCCCAGUUCAAGCAGCUGCUCUCCGACUGGUUCACCGUUCGAGGGUCUCCGUUCAAGGCCAAAAGUGUGGGGCCGCCCUCACCUCUGCCCAGCAGCCCCGGCCGAACGCAGGAGGGAGACUGGGCCGUGGACCAGGCAGUCGCGGACCUGGGGAGCUCCGGGGAGGGCUGCAGGGAGGCCUUCGCCGCUGCCUGCCACCUGCUGCUGGACUGCGCCACCUUCCCCGUCUACCUGUCCGCGGAGGAGACCGAGCGGCUCUGCGACACGCUCUUCCAGCCCCCCGCAGCCGGCGGUGCCACUUUCCCGGCGUGGCUCAAGUCCCUCAUGACCAUCAGCUGCUGCGGGGCCGACUGCGGGCUCCAGCACGUGGCCAUCUACACGCUGCUGGAGGCGAUAAACCACUCCCAGUCCCUGGCGCUGGUCAUCGAGGACAAGGCGAAGCGCUCCAAGAGCUCCGACUACCACCCGCUCUUCGGCAAGCUGCAGAUGGUGACGGUGCCCCCCAUUGCGCCGGGGAUCCUGAAGGUCAUUGCCGAGAAGACGGACUUCUAUCAGAGGGUGGCCCGCGUGCUGUGGAGCCAGCUGGACGAGGAGAGCCGGGAGCACCACGUGACCUGCGUGGAGCUCUUCUACCGGCUGCACUGCCUGGCCCCGGCGGCCAGCAUCUGCGAGGACAUCAUCUGCCACGCCCUGCUGGACCCCGACAAGGGCACCAGGCUGGAGGCGCUGUUCAGGUUCUCUGUCCUCUGGCACCUGACGCGGGAGAUGCAGGGCGGCCGGGUGGCCUCGCACAACCGCUCCUUCGACAGGUCCCUGUUUGUCGUGCUGGACAGCCUGACCUGCGCGGACGGCGCCAUCGGGGCGGCGGCCCAGGGCUGGCUGGUGCGGGCGCUGUCCCUGGGCGACGUGGCGCGCAUCCUGGAGCCCGUGCUGCUGCUCCUGCUGCAGCCCAAGACCCAGAGGACCUCCAUCCACUGCCUCCGGCAGGAGCACCUGACGGAAGACUUGCAUCGCUGGUUCCACAGGAAGAACGCCUGUUUCACCGAGGCGAGUGCCGCGCCCGAGCCCCGGGAAGGCAGCGCGGAAGAGAGCGUGCCCCUGAGACAGCUCACCACCGUGGACCGCGAGGCCAUCUGGGCCGAGGUGGAGAAGGAGCCCGAGACGCACCCGCCAGGAAGCCCGCUGAGGGAGGACGAUCUUCCCGGUGACGCGGACCUGCCGGACGGGGCGGCCCAGGAUGGCCCCGACAGCAGCGAGCACACCGAGUCCGCAGACACGAGCUCCGGCCACACGGACAGCGAGAACACGUCCUCCGUGUCCUCCCCGUCCCACGGCCCGCAGGAGCUGAGCAACAGCGAGGGCUGCUGCGCACCCAUCCCCGCCGGCAGCCGGGGCCCCGCCGGGCGCUCGGCCUUGCUGGCGGCCUUCCAGGCGGAAAGCCUCAAGUCCACCGCCAGGCUGAGCCUGACGCGCGUGGACUCGGACAGGACCCAGGCUUCGGAGUCCUUCUCCAGUGACGAGGAGGCCGAGGUGGAGCUCCAGGCCCUCACCACGUCCAGGCUGCUGAAGCAGCAGCAGGAGCGGCGGGAGACGCUCGGGGCCUUGUUCAAGCACAUCCUGCUCUACCUGCAGCCGUACGACUCCCGGCGCGUGCUCUACGCCCUCUCGGUGCUGGAGGCCGUGCUCAAGACCAACCCCAAGGAGUUCGUGGAGGCCGUGUCCAGGACCAGCAUGGACACCAGCUCCACCGCCCACCUCAACCUCAUCUCCAACCUGCUGGCGCGCCACCAGGAGGCCCUCGUGGGCCAGAGCUUCUACGGGAAGCUGCAGAGCCCGUCCCCCAGCGUGUGCCCCCACUCGCUGCUGCUCGAGCUGCUCACCUACCUGUGCCUGAGCUUCCUGCGCAGCUAUUACCCUUGUCACCUGCCAGUCUCGCACCGGGACCUGCUGGGCAACCGGGACGUCCAGGUCAAGAGCGUGGAGGUCUUGAUCCGCAUGAUGACGCAGCUGGUCUCGGUGGCCAAGUCCACCGAGGGCAAGAGCGUGGAGUCCGUCCGAGGCCUGCUGCAGCGGUGCCGCGUGCAGGAGUUCGUCCUGCUGUCCCUGUCCGCGUCCAUGUACACCAGCCAGAAGCGCUACGGCCGGGCCACGGCGGAGCGAGGCCAGGCCCCGCAGGAGGACGGGCUCUUGGAGGAGGGGCUCAUCAACCUGGGCCAGGACCAGAUCUGGAGCGAGCACCCCCUGCAGAUCGAGCUGCUGAAGCUCCUGCAGGUGCUGAUCGUCUUGGAGCACCACCUGGGCCAGGCGCACGAGGAGGCCGAGAACCAGCCGGACCUGUCCCGGGAGUGGCGGAGGGCCCUCAGCUUCCAGCAGGCCAUCGGCGCCGCACAGUACGUGCAGCCGCACCCCCUCACCUCCCAGGGGCUGCUGGUGUCCGCCGUGGUGAGGGGGCUGCAGCCGGCCUACGGCUACGGCAUGCACCCGGCCUGGGUGAGCUUGGUCACGCACUCCUUGCCGUACUUUGGGAAGUCCCUGGGCUGGACGGUGACGCCCUUCAUUGUGCAGAUUUGCAAAAACCUGGACGAGCUGGUCAGACAGUAUGAGAGUGAAUCUGUGAAGCCCUCUACCAGCCUCACCUCCAAGCGGGAAAACAUCUCCCCGGAUUACCCGCUCACUCUUCUGGAAGGGCUGACCACCAUCGGUCAUUUCUGUCUUUUGGAACAAACCAACCAAAAUAAAAAGACCACGGCGGCGAGCGAUCCGUCCGAUCUGAAGAACGCCAGGAACGCCAUUCUGGAGGAGCUGCCUCGCAUCGUGGGCACCAUGGCCCUUCUGUGGAGCGUGCUGAGGAAGGAGGCUCAGAAGAGACCCAUGGAUCUCCUCGGAGCCACGAAGGGGUCCUCCUCCGUCUACUUCAAAACCACCAAGACCAUGCGACAGAAGAUUCUAGACUUCCUGAACCCCCUGGCAGCCCACCUGGGAGUGCAGCUGACAGCCGCGGUCGCAGCCGUGUGGAGCCGGAAGAAGGUGAAACGUCACAGUAAGACGAAGAUCGUCCCGGCGGCCAGCGCGUCCCAGCUAACCCUCGUGGACCUGGUGUGCGCGCUCAGCACCCUGCAGAUGGACACGGUGCUGCACCUGGUGAAGGAGGUGGUGAAGAGGCCGCCGCAGGUCCGGGGGGACCAGAAGCUGCCGCUUGUGGACGUCCCGGUGCUGCAGUUCUGCCAUGAGUUCGUCCGCAGGCUCCCAGUGACGGCCCUGCAGGAGAACUUCCCCGCGCUGCUGGGCGUGCUGAAGGAGUCGGCGCAGCUGAACCUGGCUCCCCCCGGGCACUUCCUGCUCCUCAGCAUGCUGAACGACUUCGUGACACGAACCCCCACCCUGGAAAGCAAGAAGGACCAGAGGGACCUGCAGGAAGUCACUCAGAAAAUCCUGGAAGCCGUGGCGAACAUCGCUGGCUCCUCCCUGGAGCAAACCAGCUGGCUGAGCAGAAGCCUGGAGGUGAAGGCCCAGCCUCAGGUCUCUCUGGAAGAAUCUGACGCCGAAGAAGACUUGGGCGCAGAUGCGGCCGCCGCUGCUUCGACCAUGGUGUCCGCGUCGGCCCCUUCGGUGUACAGCGUGCAGGCCCUGUCCCUCCUGGCAGAGGUCCUGGCAUCGCUCCUGGACAUGGUCUACCGAAGCGACGAGAAGGAGAAAGCCGUGCCUUUGAUCUCGCGCCUGCUGUACUACGUGUUUCCUUACUUGCGCAACCACAGCGCCUACAACGCCCCCAGCUUCCGGGCCGGCGCGCAGCUGCUGAGCUCCCUGAGCGGCUACGCCUACACGAAGCGAGCCUGGAAGAAGGACGUGCUGGACUUGUUCCUGGACCCCGCCUUCUUCCAGAUGGACACGUCUUGUGCGCAUUGGAAGGCCAUUAUUGACCAUCUUCUGACUCAUGAGAAAACAAUGUUUAAAGAUUUAAUGAACAUGCAGAGCAGCUCCUUAAAGCUGUUCUCAAGCUUUGAGCAGAAAGCCAUGCUGCUGAAGCGCCAGGCCUUCGCCGUCUUCAGCGGCGAAGUCGAUCAGUACCACCCCUACCUCCCUCUGAUACAAGAACGCCUGACAGACAAUCUCAGAGUCGGACAGACAUCCCUAGUUGCUGCUCAGAUGUUUCUGUUUUUCAGAGUUCUGCUGCUAAGAAUAUCUCCCCAGCAUUUGACUUCCUUGUGGCCAAUAAUGGUCUCUGAAUUAAUUCAGACAUUCCUACAGCUGGAGGAGGACCUGCGAGCGGAUGAUGAGUUGCUGAGAAACAGCAACAAAGUCAACAGAACGAAAGUCGUAGUCCCCGGCUCCGUUGGGGAGAUACCCCAGAGUGAACUCACCUUAUAUUUAUCAGCUUGCAAAUUCUUGGACACGGCGCUUUCUUUUCCACCUGACAAGAUGCCAUUGUUUCAGAUUUACAGGUGGGCAUUCGUCCCGGAAGUGGACACGGAGGGCCCUGCCGCCCCGUCGGACCUGGAGGAGGGUCACCAAGAGUGCAGACCCCACACGGUUAGGAUUCUAGAGCUUCUGAAGUUGAAAUACGGGGACUCCGACGAGACCCCCGCGCAGAGGGAGCUCCCGCUCCUGCGCCAGCCGGCCGUGUCCAGCGCCGGGCAGCUGACGCCCUUCUUCCAGACGCUCAGCUGCGCCUUUAAAGCCCAGCAGCACGCGCUGCCCGCGGGUGCCCGGGCACCUGCCGCCUCCGAGUUCCCUGCCGCAGACGGUCCCCGCGUCCUGAAGCAGCUGGAGGAGUGUGUCAAGCGUGAUUUCUUGGAGCAUAUGGACUGUUAACCGUCGGAGACAACCUGCGAGUCCUUCACGGACACCUCGGCGGAAGCCGGGAUGGGUUCU